AUGGAAGCAAGCUUAAAUAAUAAUAAAGCUGAGUUAGUGAAUAACUUGGGCUUGUUAAAUGACGAUAAUUACUUAGAAGGGAAUGUUGAAGAAAAUGAUAAACAUAGAAUGAAAACUACAAAAAAAAUUGGGGCAACAAAAAAGAGAAAAACGAAAGAGGAUGCUGAUUUGAGGAAACAAGAAAAGGUGGAAACCGAAGAAAAAGAAGACAAGGAGGAUCAUGAUAAAGUAGUAAAAAAUGAUGGUUAUGCUGAUAGUAGUAACGAUGAUGAUGAUCCAAUCCACAGUGAAGACAAAUCAAAAGAGAAGGAUGAUUUAAAUAAAAAGAGUAACCAACAAAAGGACAAAAGUAAGAAUGUAGUGGAAAACGAAUUCACGAUUGAUGACAACAUAUUCAGUGAUCAGAAUAAUUCUAAUGACAAUAAAGAUAAGGAAGAAGGGGAUAACAACAAGAGUAAGGAUAGAGGAGAUGAUAUUGAUGAGGGGGAAGUAGAUGACGAUAACAGUAAGGAUAAGAUUAAGAAUAAGAAUAACGAUAAGAAUAACGAUAAGAAUAACGAUAAGGAUAACUAUAAAAAUAACGAUAAGAAUAACGAUAAGGAUAACGAUAAGAAUAACGAUAAGAAUAACGAUAAGAAUAACGAUAAGAAUAACGAUAAGAAUAACGAUAAGAAUAACGAUAAGAAUAACGAUAAGAAUAACGAUAAGAAUAACGAUAAGAAUAACGAUAAGAAUAACGAUAAGAAUAACGAUAGCGAUUUAGGUAAGGACGAUCUAAGCGGGAUGGAGGAAGAAAAAAAAAAAAAAAAAAGGCAAAAAUUACGAGUCAAAAAAAAAAGAGAUGAUAUAAGUGACAGUGAGCAGAAUGAAGAAGAUGCACUUGGCCGUAAGGAUGGAAAGAAAGAAAUGGAAAGAAGAAAAAAGAAUAAGAAAAAAUUGAAGGGAUUAAAAAGGAGUAAAUUUAUAGAUAGUGUGGCUGAGGAAGGAGAGCUAUCGGAAGAGGAUGAUCACAAUGAUAAUGAAGAUGAAGAUACCAUGAAUGAUGAUGUAAAUGAUAAUGAUAAUUACAGUAGCUUAAAUAGUAGAAUUAAAAAAAAAGAGUCUUCUGCUAAAAAUGAAUAUAGUGGGCUGGGACUGGACGAUGAGGAUGAGGAUGAGGAAGACGAGGAAGGGGAGGGAGAAUACGAAAAUGAUAUGGUAUAUUCAAAUAAAACAGAAAAGAAAAAAAAAACACAUUUUGAUGAAAUAUUAGAAAAUUUAAAAUUAAAAAGAAAGAGGGUUCAAAAAAUAUCAGAAGAUGACGGUCUUCAAUAUUGUGAGAAUGUGUUGAAUCAAAUGAUAUUAAUGCAUGAACAAGACAUAAAAAAUAUGAAAGAAAAAAAACCAGCAACUGCUAAAUUGCAGAUUAUUGACCAAGUAUGUAAAAUAUUAACAAAACCGAAAUGGAAACCAUUUUUUAUGAAAUUAAAUAUAUAUCAUGUUUUAGCUUUAUGGUUAAUGCCAUUAUCUAAAAACACAUUACCUAAUUUUACAAUACGAACAAAUUUGUUGAGAGUAAUACAACAAUUACCUAUAACUAUUAAAUCGUUAAGAGGAAGUCAACUAGGAAAAAUUAUGACAUACUUACAUACACAUAAGGAUGAAACAGAUGAAAACAAAAAGUUAAUAAGAAAUAUUUUGCAAAAUUGGAUGGGACCUAUUAUAGGUAUUAAUACGAAUUAUAAACAAUUCUUAAAAGAAAGACAAAAACGAAUAGUAGAAAAUCCAGAGUAUCAUAAAAAAGUACUGGAAAAGGCAAAAACUUUAAUACCUGAUUCUAUAUCUAUAGAAAAAGAAGAAGAGCAAAAUGAGUUCAAGCGGCAUGCUACUGUACCUUAUAAUAGUGAAUGUUCUUUUCUAAUUAAUGUACCAUCAUCUGUACCUAAUUCUAGUAAGAAAAUAAUUCCAAAAAGUAAAAUUAAAAGGCUUAUUGAUAAUAUGAAAUUGUUGAAGAGAUCUAGGAAAUCACAAAAGGUUUCUAUUGAAGGAAAGGGGGUUGCCAUAGCUCCAUAA